AUGGCAAAUUGGGAACACGGUUUAUGCGAUUGUACAUCUGAUUGUAGAGUUUGUUGUAUCAGUUAUUUAUGGCCAAAUGAAUAUUUAUUUUCAAUUUUCAUUAUUCAUUUCAAGGGCCUACAAAUUAUGCAACAGAGAGCAACUGUGGAUAAUCGUCAGUGUGAGGCUACUGAUUGCCUUUUGGCUACUUUUUUUUUCCCAUUAGUUACUUGCUUAACUCGUUCUCAAAUUAGAGAAAAACAUGGUAUUGAUGGUAAUUUUUGUGGUGAUUCUUGUGCAGUAUGUUAUUGUACAUUAUGUGUUGUUCACCAACAAACAAUGCAACUCCAAGCUAAAGGUGAAAAACCAUCAGGUAUUUUUAUGUCUUAA